AAAGUUGUGAGGUUGUCGUUGGCGGUAAUCCAACCUGCCUAUGCUUCCUACAAAACCAUCAAGCAUAAAGACGCCAAAGAAUAUAACAGAUUAAUGAUAUACUGGAUUGUGUAUGCAGUGUUCACCUGUUGUGAGUUCAUGUCAGACAUGUUCUUCGAGUGGUUCCCAUUUUACACGGAGAUGAAGAUGAUGUUGAUAACCUGGCUGGCACUGCCAUGCUUGCAAGGAUCAACUGUCCUCUACAGGAAGGUCGUUGCCAAGAAGUUCCAACAAUACGAACCUGUAAUU